AUGCCGCCGUCGGUCCCGAUAGAGAUCUUUGAAGCGGGGCACAAGAGCAGCUCCCCAUGCUUCAACGGUCCCCCGUCGGACCUGUCAGCCGAUGGCGGUACGGUGUCUUAUAAGGCCGGGAAGAAGCCGCUGCAGACGCUCACACGACUCGUUCAGCAGACAUCGUGUUUGGUGCGACUUCUCCUCCUAGCCAUCCUCCUUCUCCUCGUCUUGGUCUGCGUCCUCACGGCCGUCAUCAUCAAGAUGGACGCGGCAAAGGCCUCCUACCAACCAAUUGACACCUCGGUUCCGAUCACCGAUCUCCGGCCAGGUCUAAUUCCCACGACAGACGCCCCAACAACGACAAAAAUUACGCCUACGACCGAGGAACCGAUUCCGACGUGCACGACGCCGGGAUGCGUUCGGGCCGCUAACAACUUGCUAAACGCCAUGAACACAUCAGCCGACCCGUGCUCAAACUUUUUCGAGUUUGCCUGCGGCGGCUGGAACCGCGAGCACCCGAUUCCCGAUGACAUGUUCGCCUAUGGUACCUUUGCUUAUGCGCGUGAGCAGUUGCGACUACAGUUGAGAGUGCUCUUGGAAUCGGAGGAAGGGUCCGCCUCAAAGUCGAUCAACAUGGCCAAGACCGCCUACAAGAUUUGCAUGAACACCGGGCAGUUGGACGUGCUGGGAUCGAGCCUCCUCCUUGACGCCAUCAAUGAGCUCGGCGGUUGGCCGAUGCUGACCGGCAAGGACACAGCGGCCGACACCCAAAAUGGAUCGACGAAGCACGACUUUUUGACGUCGCUCCUCGCUGUUUCGAGAAAACAUUUCGGAUCCGACCUCUUCUUCCAAAUCUACGUCUACGCCGAUGCCAAGAACACCACCAGGAAUAUGAUUACGGUCGAUCAAAGCAGCCUUACCCUGGGCCGUGGGUCCCGCGACUAUUACCUGAACGACACGAUGUUCUCGCACCAGAUCAACGCCUACAAGAAGUACAUCAGCGAGGUCAUGAAAAUCCUGGUUGUCGACGCGAAGUUGGACCAGAAUCACGAAGACUUGGACCGGGAGAUUGAGGAAAUUGUCGCGUUUGAGACACAGAUCGCAAGGAUCCUGGUCCCCGAGGACGAUCGCCGCAACAACACCCGCAUGUACAACCAGUUGACCAUCGCCGAGCUGUACAAAAUGUUGCCCCAGGUCGAUUGGCUGCACUAUUUCACCGCGAUCGCCCCUUCGAAUAUGACCUACUACUUCACCAACGAGACCCAAGUGAUUGUCACGGAGAUUGAGUACCUGAAAAAGGUAUCACAACUCCUCGAAAUGUCCAACGCGCGACUGAUUCGAAACUAUGGUGUCUGGCGCGUCGCCCAGGCCACCAUGAAGUUCCUCGACGAGCGUUUCGAGAACAUCAAGCAGGACCUAAUGCGUGUCAUGACCGGACAGCAGCAGAGGAGCCCCAGGUGGAAGGAGUGCGCCCAGGUCCCAUCCACCUUCCUCCCACUCGCCGCCGGAGCGAUCUAUGUGCGCCAGCACUUCCAAUCGACCGACAAGUUGGAGGCACUGAAGAUGAUCAGCCUGUUGCGCGAGUCGUUCAGCGAGAUUGUCACGGAGAACGACUGGAUGGACGGCGCGACGAAAGCGGUGGCAAUUCAGAAGGCGAAGCAGAUGAUCAACAACAUCGGCUACCCCGACUUCAUCUUGGACAACAAACAAUUGGACGAAAAGUACGAGCGCCUCGAUCUGCUCCCCGAGGACAAUUACUUUGCCCUGAUGCGCAAGGCGGUGGUUUGGAUGCAGGAGAAGGAGUUCUUCAAGCUGGAGAAACCGUUCGACAAGAAGGAGUUCGACGUGUCGCCGGCUGUCGUCAAUGCUUUCUACUCGCCAGAAAAGAAUGCGAUUACCUUCCCCGCCGGUAUCCUGCAGCCCCCAUUCUUCUCCGGGGAAUACCCCAAAGUGGUCAACUACGGAGCGAUGGGAGCCGUCAUCGGCCACGAGAUCACCCACGGAUUUGAUGAUCAGGGCAGCCAAUACGACCUGAACGGCAACCUGCAAAACUGGUGGAACGAGAACUCGCUCGCCGGCUUCAACGAGCGCAAGACGUGCAUCGUCGAGCAGUACGGGAACUACAGCGUCAACGGCAAACUGACGCAAGGGGAAAACAUUGCCGACAAUGGCGGCGUCAAAGAGGCGUUCAGGGCCUACCGGAAAUACAUCAAUACGCAAGGGUCCGAAGAGCCACGCUUGCCCGGGCUUCAGAUGUUCACCAAUGAUCAAGUGUUCUUCCUCUCAUAUGCACAUUUCUGGUGCGGGCACAAGAAAGAGGCGGCCGCCAUCCAGCAGGUGCUCACCGACGAGCAUUCGCCCGAGCUCUUCCGCGUCAGCGGGGUACUCUCCAACCUCGAGGAGUUCGCGAAGGCGUACAAGUGCCCACUGGGCGCGCCGCUGAACCCGGCGGGCAAAUGCCGUGUGUGG